AUGUCUCAGUCCAUCCCGCUCACGCGCAUCGGCACACCUCGAGUCAGCUCACCACACCUCAGCACCCCCCCCUCUGGUGCGCGAUAUGUCCGGGUCAACGAGGGCGCGACGGAGUCGCCUGACCGGGAGGUGUUCCCGGAGUCGUUCGAUGACAUGAACGACUUGGACCAACAGCACCAGUCCGCGUGGAAGCGCAGUAUCUACAUGCUGCUCGAGCAGCCGACGAGCUCGCAGGCGGCGUUCCUCGUGCUCAUCGUCACCACCUCGCUGAUUGUUAUAUCGGCUGUGGUCACUGUGCUCGAAACCAUCCCGUCGUUCCAUUCUAUCAAUCCGAGCGUGUGGUUCGGCCUCGAGACGGCGCUGGUGGCGCUCUUCACGGUGGAGUACGUCGCGCGAUGUCUGGCGCACUCUGGCUCCUGGAGGAAGUUUCUGAAGUGGUUCGGAUCGUUCUUCGGGAUCAUCGACCUGCUUGGUAUACUUCCAUAUUACAUCGAGGUAGCAAUGGGCCAAGACACGUCAACGUUCUUCAGGUUCACCAUCCUGCGUACAUUCCGCCUGCUGCGCGUCUUCAGGCCGUUCCGCUAUAAUAACACUAUACUCUUAACUAUAGAAGUCAUGUAUCUAUCGUUCCGAAGAUCGCAGCACGCCCUGCUCGCGCUGCUCUUCUUCGUAUUAAUGGUCCUCGUCGUCUUCAGCACACUACUGUAUUUCGUUGAAAGAGGUACGUGGGAUGAGAACAUGGGCAUGUUCGUUAACUCGGACGGCGACCCAAGUCAAUUCUCGUCCAUACCGGCAGCAGCAUGGUUCGUGUUAGAAACCAUCACAACCGUCGGAUUCGGCGAGAUCACCCCGCGCUCCUUCCUCGGGCGCCUCAUCACCAUCCCGCUCCUCAUCUUCGGCCUCCUCCUCAUCGCGCUCCCUACCUUCGUCCUCGGCCGCGAAUUCAGCAUGGUCUGGGAGGCGAUGCAUCAGAACCAGACCGCCCGGACGGAGGUCUUCGACGCUAGGCUCGACCAGCUCUCGUCGCCCGAGCUUCCCCGCACGCGCUCAAUCCAAGACAUCCGCGCGGAGGCCGCGAGCGGCUUGUGGCGCCACUCGAACGAGACGAGCCUCCGGCUGCCCCCGGCCGGCGUGGGCAUGGGCGCGGCGGAGCUGAGCGCGCAGGUUGCGGAGUUGCGGGCGGCGCUAGAGAUGCAAGGGCUCCUGCUCCGGCGCGUUGUCGACGCGGUCGAGGGCCGGCGCAAGGUCAGGGUGCCGCGCGCACAGCACAACGAGGACGCGGCACGGAGCGAGGACGAGAGCUGA